AUGAGUGCGCUACAUCUAGCAGCUUUGAAUGGCCAUGAACAGGAGGUACAUGCUAUACUUAGUGUGGAUAAAAGUGAUGUCAAUAGACCUAAUGGUACAAAAUCAUACCCGGUCAUAUGGGCUUCAUUAAAUGGACAUGAUAGGAUCGUGGAAUUUCUGCUAGGGCGAGGAGCCGAUGUCAACGUCCAGGGUGGGUUUUACGGAAAUGCCCUCCAGGCUGCUUAUGAUAGAGGACACGACAAGAUCGCACAGAUGCUGCUAGAUCGAGGAGCCGAUGUCAACGCCCAGGGUGGAGAGGACGGAAAUGCCCUCCAGGCUGCUUGUGCUGGAGGACACGACAAGAUCGCACAGAUGCUACUAGAGGGAGGAGCCGAUAUCAACGCCCAGGGUGGAAUCUACGGAAAUGCCCUCCAGGCUGCUUGUGCUAGAGGACAUGAUAAGAUCGCACAGAUGCUGCUAGAUCGAGGAGCCAAUAUCAACGCCCAGGGUGGGUUUUACGGAAAUGCCCUCCAGGCUACUUGUUACCAGGGACACGACAAGAUCGCACAGAUUCUGCUAGGGCGAGAAGCCGAUAUUAACGCCCAGGGUGGACGCUACGGAAAUUCCCUCCAGGCUGCUUGUGCUAGAGGACACGACAAGAUCGCACAAAUACUGCUAGGGCGAGGAGCCGAUAUUAACGCCCAGGGUGGACGCUACAGAAAUGCCCUCCAGGCUGCUUGUUCUAGAGGACACGACAAGAUCGCACAGAUACUGCUAGAGCGAGGAGCCGAUAUCAACGCCCAGUGUAGAGAGGACGGAAAUGCCCUCCAGGCUGCUUGUUCUAGAGGAUACGACAAGGUCGCACAGAUGCUGCUAGAUCGAGGAGCCGAUGUCAACGCCCAGGGUGGAUACCACGGAAAUGCCCUCCAGGCUGCUUGUGCUGGAGGACACGACAAGAUCGCACAGAUACUGCUAGAGCGAGGAGCCGAUGUCAACGCCCAGGUUGGACGCCACGGAAAUUGCCUCCAGGCUGCUUGUUCUAGAGGAUACGACAAGGUCGCACAGAUGCUGCUAGAUCGAGGAGCCGAUGUCAACGCCCAGGGUAGAGAGGACGGAAAUGCCCUCCAGGCUGCUUGUUCUGAAGGACACAACAAGAUCGCACAGAUACUGCUAGAUCGAGGAGCCGAUGUCAACGCCCAGGGUGGAUACCACGGAAAUGCCCUCCAGGCUGCUUGUGCUGGAGGACACGACAAGAUCGCACAGAUACUGCUAGAGCGAGGAGCCGAUGUCAACGCCCAGGGUGGACGCCACGGAAAUUGCCUCCAGGCUGCUUGUUCUAGAGGACACGACAAGGUCGCACAGAUGCUGCUAGAUCGAGGAGCCGAUGUCAACGCCCAGGGUAGAGAGGACGGAAAUGCCCUCCAGGCUGCUUGUUCUGAAGGACACAACAAGAUCGCACAGAUACUGCUAGAUCGAGGAGCCGAUGUCAACGUCCAGGGUGGGUUUUACGGAAAUGCCCUCCACGCUGCUUGUGCUGGAGGACACGACAAGAUCGCACAGAUGCUGCUAGAGCGAGGAGCCGAUGUUAACGCCCAGGGUGGAUGCCACGGAAAUGCCCUCCAGGCUGCUUAUGCUGGAGGACAUGACAAGAUCGCACAGAUACUGCUAGAGCGAGGAGCCGAUGUCAACGCCCAGGGUGGGCGCUACGGAAAUUGCCUCCAGGCUGCUUGUGCUGGAGGACACGACAAGAUCGCACAGAUACUGCUAGAGCGAGGAGCCGAUGUCAACGCCCAGGGUGGGCGCUACGGAAAUUGCCUCCAGGCUGCUUGUGCUGGAGGACACGACAAGAUCGCACAGAUACUGCUAGAGCGAGGAGCCGAUGUCAACGCCCAGGGUGGGCGCUACGGAAAUUGCCUCCAGGCUGCUUGUGCUGGAGGACACGACAAGAUCGCACAGAUACUGCUAGAGCGAGGAGCCGAUGUCAACGCCCAGGGUGGACGCCACGGAAAUUGCCUCCAGGCUGCUUGUGCUGGAGGACACGACAAGAUCGCACAGAUGCUGCUAGGGCGAGGAGCCGAUGUUAACGCCCAGGGUGGAUGCCACGGAAAUGCCCUCCAGGCUACUUGUGCUGGAGGACACGACAAGAUCGCACAGAUACUGCUAGAGCGAGGAGCCGAUGUCAACGCCCAGGGUGGACGCCACGGAAAUUGCCUCCAGGCUGCUUGUGCUGGAGGACACGACAAGAUCGCACAAAUACUGCUAGAGCGAGGAGCCGAUGUCAACGCCCAGGGUGGGUUUUACGGAAAUGCCCUCCAGGCUGCUUGUGCUAGAGGACACGACAAGAUCGCACAGAUGCUGCUAGGGCGAGGAGCCGAUGUCAACGCCCAGGGUGGAUACCACGGAAAUGCCCUCCAGGCUGCUUGUUCUGGAGGACACAAUAAGAUCGUACAGAUACUGCUAGAGCGAGGAGCCGAUGUCAACGCCCAGGGUGGAGAGGACGGAAAUGCCCUCCAGGCUGCUCGUCGGGGAGGAUACCACCAUAUAGUGAAACUUCUCCAGGGACAUCAGUUUGCUGAUCAGUCGACCUCCCAACGUCCCCCUUCCAAGAGGCUUAAGGUUUCAACAUGCUCCCACAUUACCAUGUUCAACUAA